AAAUUUUUUGUAUGUAAUGCCAACCCUGUGAAAUUGCAUUUCGACUCUAUAUCCUUUGAGGACGGCGCCCUCGCUGACAGUGUCUGUCUUUCCUUCCGACAAAUACGUUCCUUUUGCCCUGACCUCCACUCUCUUUUCUGUCCUUUACAUGUCGCAUGCACGCAAGCUGCACUUUACCGAUUUUUUAAGGAGUCAUACCAGUCAUCGACAAGCCUCAAACGAGCCAUCGUCAUCUUCAUUGGUGUACGGAGGGGAGCCCGUAUUGGAGCCUCCCAAUAAGAGUAAGAGUUCCCGUAUCCCAUUCCUAGGACGCGCCAGGAAGAAAUCUACCGUAUCUGAUGGGCGUACUACUUUCGAAUCUCGCAAUAUUGAUGAUGGACAGCGGCCAACAUCAUUGACAGAUGAGAUCAACGCCUUACCAUCGGAUUCGUCUGUGUCCCAUUCCCAUUCCCAUGCUUCUACCAGUGCUUCUGAUGCCCAUUCGCUAUUGAAUUCCAAAAUCGCUGUUCGUGUCGCGCAUUCUAUUCCGAAAUCUACGAACAAGCCUACACGCCUACCAUCGCAUAGUCCUUCAAUCAAUGGAUACACCUCUGAUUCAUUGUUAUCUCCACCAUCUAGCCUUCGGCCCACAUCCAUUGGCACUACCAUUUCUGAUUCCAAUCGCAAGCACCGUUCGGCGAUGCCACGACCCAAGCAGCCUACAAUAACCGUGUCUCUAACUCCCGACAAUCUCAGCGAGUACGGUGACCUUUUCACUCAACCUCGUAACAAAUUCUCCCCUACCAACCAACAGCCUUCGACGCGUGACGACAGAGCAUAUCAAAGCGAUACCCAAAUCAAGUCCCUUCCACGGCUGUCUUCCCCAGAAAUCCCUCCAUUACCGAAAUCCCCACCCGUAAAGCUGCGUGACACCCGCAGUUACACCGAUGAUGCCGUAUCUUUGAAAUCGACGCGGAGUACGCGUAGACAUCGCGUCGAAGACGGUUCCAGACAUUCAGAUGAGGAAUCAGAGACGCUCUCCACACCGCCCAUGCCGUCAUUGCCCGGUCAUCGUACUUCUCUAGAGACACGUCGAAUGCUAGGAUCCAUACCAUACUCUUCUCAGGAACAACGACCGUCGCACCUAGCCAAGGGAGUAUCGCCUCACGAGCCUCCCACCAUUCCCCUUCCUGAGCCUCCUCUCCGCUCUCUCCCUGAUGUUCCCUCUCUAACAACUUCAGCAGGUCCGACAAGCAUAGUCAAUGGUCGGCGUAGAGCCCAUACUAUGUCUUCAGUUUCAUUGCCACCAAUACCUUACUCUCCGUCCUUCCCCCCAUUGUCCCCUUGUGGAUCUUUUGACAGAAGAUUGGAUGAUGAGAGAUCCAAUAAAGAGAACGAUGAUCUCGAUAUCGAUUCUGCAUCGGUUGAACAAUUGCGACAGGCGUUAAAAGACCGGUCUCAACAAGUAGAUCAAUUGCUCAAAGCCGCUAAAGCGUAUCUUUCGGAGAAGACCGAGCUUGAACAGAAGAUUUCCCUCUUGGAGAGAGAAGCCGCUAGACGAGAAAAGGAGAUACAAGGGCUCACCUGGCUUGUCAACAAUCGAGGUGCUGCCGUUGGGGAAAGUCCGAUGAUUCUGGCCGCUUCUAAAUCCACAAGUGCCCUGCAAGCUGAGAAGAGCACUUUCAGUCCAUCCUCGCCCACUAAAUCAAAAAAUCCCGCGUACCGAUAUCUUAACGCCGAUUAUGAUUCUGGUGGAGAAUCUCACCAGACGUCUGGUGGUGAGUCAACGACAGCAGUACGAACCCCGCGACCCAAACGUUACAGUAAGGUGUCGGAGAAAUCGACACUUUCACAACGGUCGUCCCUACGUAACGGCGGUACGGCUGGCUGUGAUACGUCCAUUCCCUCUGUUCCUACUUUGGAUAAGCGAACAUCAGUCUCUUCCGUUGCCUUUUCAGCGGCAUCAACGUCGUCGACAUCAUCCUUGAUGCCGGCGAGUUCGUCUACGUCAACGCUGUCAGUCAUUCCUGAGGAUGUCCUUCCACCACUACCACGUAGGCAGGCAUCAGUAUCGUCACCUUCCUCUCGCGACCCGGCAAUCAUGGCCGCUAUCAUUCGAAGUCGCGAAAAGGAUCAGAAGCGUACGUCAAAACCACCCAUGUCGGUGCCAUCGGCGUCGGCUCCUACACCUGCUGCGGCGUAUGCAGCUAACUUGAAGCAAGGCCCGUCUAUUGCUCAGGUACUGGCUCAUCCGUAAAGUUGAUCGGGGGUAUCGUCUCAAAUUUAUACAUGCAGUCGGAAACGUUGUUGUAAAAGAUGAAAAUUCACAUGUUGUACAAUACCAUCGACUGCAAGACUGCUAAAAGUAGAUUUUAUUUCUUACUGGCCGGACCCCCGGCCACACGUUCUCCGUCCAUUUGGAUGAUCAACCAUAUCAUCAUUUCAAUCCUUUGCUUCCUCUUUAGACUGCAUUUACAUUAAUUUAUUAGCAAAUACCUUCUCUCUAACUUAGUAUUUGUAUGUCUAGACGAAUGACAAAGGGCUAGUUAUGUUACGAUUCUACGGUUCUUAUAUUGGCAUAAUGUAGAAACCGCAU